UUGAAAAAUGCCCUUCGUUAUUUCCCAAUCGAAUACCAUCCUGAGUUGGCUCCUGAAUUUGCCUAUGAACUAAAGACAUACGGCCAUAUUUAUAUGUAUCGAUUUCGUCCGGCUAUUCCAAUGAAAGCCUAUCCGAUUCAUGAAUAUCCAACCAACACGAAACAGGCUGCUGCAAUCAUGCAUAUGAUUAUGAAUAACUUGGAUCCCGAAGUAGCUCAAGUAAGAAUGUUCAACAAACUUUUUUGA